GGUCAUAAACCGGUCCAAAGGUCAGGGAGACGCCGACGGGAACAAGUAGAUUGUCGCGGCGACGGAGGCUGUCCAGUCUUCUCCACCGGCAGAGCUGCAACAGGAGUGAGGACGCCAGCACCAAGAUGAAGGGCAUCUUGAAAUCUACCAAAAAGGAGCUGGACGGCAGCACCACCCAGAGCAGCUCCAUCGGGGCCCUGCGCUGGACUCUCCCGGAGGAGAACGUCCAGGCCCACAGCUCUGCCCCCAGCAGACCUGGCCCCCCCAACAACCUCACCAAGCACUCACAGCAGCGUCCUCGGCAGACCGGCCUGAAGGAUCUGCGCAGCCUGCAGGAGUGCGUGCUCUUCAUCCAACACUGGAAAGAGCAAGUGGACCAAGUCUGCAAGGGAGGAAGGGAUCCAGAGGAAGGCACCGGUAAGAAGGAGAGUUCAGACCCACGUACUGAGCGCAGUCUUGAGGAGAGCAGGAAACUCAUCCUGGAGUGGGCGGACGAGCUCCAUCACGUCGACAAGCUCCUGAAGGCAACCUCCUGGCCAUUGGAGUGUCAAGAAAAUAAAGAGGCAAAGGAUGCCAAUGGGGAAGCCCAAAUGAGGAUCAUGGAGUGGGCAAAGGAGCUGCAGCAAGCAACCGAGAGUUGCGGCGUGCAGAGCGACAAGCUGGGCAAAGCGCUGCGCCUGCUGGGCCUGAAGAAGAACCGGCUGGUCAACCUGCUGCCCCUGCUGGAGUUCAUCACCUGGUCCCUGCUCAAGGAAGACAGCACGAAGAUGAUUCCACAAGUAUGGUUACUGGCAAAGCAAAGGACCUGGAAAGCUGGAAUUGCGAGAUACAUCCCCAACUCAGUUUGGAGUUGGAUUUGCAGUGCAUCAGCCGAUGUGAUUCUUGACCCCAUGACCAACCACGCGUGGCUGCUGGUGUCAGACGACCAGCGCAUGGUCCAGGAGGCCAUCUCGGCAUGCGAGCUGCCUCACAGCUCCCAGCGGUUCGACGGCUGGCCGUGUGUGCUGGGCUGGGAGGGCUACAGCGGCGGCCGCCACUACUGGGAGGUGGACAUAGCCAACAAGGGCUACUGGCGCGUGGGACUGACGACCGCCGACUCCGAGCGGCAGGGGCGUUUCCAGAUGACCCCGAAGCGGGGGUACUGGGCCCUGUGGCGCAGCACGCACGAGUUCUACGCCUGCACCAAGCCAGAGGCGCCGCUGCCCGUCGGCCUCGUGCCUCGACGUAUGGGGAUCUACUUGGAUUACGAAGAGGGCCAGAUCUCCUUCUACAACGCAGAGAAAAAGUCCCACAUCUACACCUUCACCGGAGACUUCAGAGGGAAGCUGUACCCCCUGUUCGCCCCGCUGGACGGUCGCACACUCAUGAGAAUCAUCCGGCCGCACAACAUCUCCACCGAGAGACGCAGACCUUCAGAACUUUUAUUGGACACUUGAAGCAUUCGAAUUUGACUUUGAGGAAAUAAAUGUCCACGCUGUAUUGACCAAAAAGGUACAGGCAAGACUCUUCAGGCUCGUCGGUUACAUUCAAAAUUCACAAGCGGAGACUUCAAAAAACUAAAGUUAAAAUCCCACCAACAUUAAAGUUUUUCUUAGGAUAAACAUGAAACUGAAGCUUCAGUUAAAGACUCAGAAAGACGGAACUAUAUCUAAUGAUGUCAUCAACAGACAUUAUGGAAAUACAUGACACAAACUCAACAAAAGUAUUUAUCUUACACAAUCAAAUUUUAAAGAGUAUGUAUCUGAUUAUCCAGUUGCUGCAUCUACAUGCAUACAUGCAUUUUCAGAUAUUUAAUUUACAUUGACAUCUUUGCUACUUAUCUGACUUUUUUUCUGACUUAUCUUGUUAUCUGGUUAUAUUUCUUCACAGAGGGAAAUUUCUAAUUUCACACGUCGAAAAAUCUAAAUGUGUAAAUUGUAUUUAUAAAAAAUAAAGCUCUUAAAGAAAAAAAAAAGCUCUUUUUACAACACUAUAGCCUUUGAAACAUGAACAAAGUGUAGCUGGAGCAGCGGUGCCAUAUUCUGACAAAUGUGUCCACAUUUUUAGUAUUAAAAAAAGGCCUCUCUCUUACAAACCCACGGUCCGUACGCAUCACAGUCGGCAGCGAACACGCUCCCACCUCCCCGCAGGUCUGCACAGUCCCUGUGAUCGGCAUCCCACUCCACCGCCAACCUGCAACACACGCACACGUCAAAAUAUGUGUAUAUAUGUAUAUGUAUGUACAGUAUAUGUCCUAUAUCAUUUCUAUAGUUAUGUGCUUGACUUGUACUUAUACUGACACAUAUUACUGGGCAUCAUCACUUUUACACUAUGUAUUUAAUAAAUAGCAGAGUUAAAA